AUGUCAGAUCCAGCCGACCAACCACAACAAAUGCACCACAUCCAACCUGCGCACCUCAAAAGCUUCGUGCAACAAAUCCUCAUCGCAAACGGCACAUCACCCAGCGACGCAGAAAUAGUCGCAAAAUGCCUCGUAGCAGCCGACCUCCGAGGCGUGGACACACACGGAAGCAAUCGCAUUCCAUCAUACAUGGAACGAAUCCGCCAAAAGGCACUGGACCCGGCAGCGACACCCACAGUACUCCAGGUGACACCAGCGGUAGCACAAGUGGACGCCCACAACGGCUUCGGCUUCGUAGCCGCACACGAAGGCAUGAAACGUGCGAUUGAAAUGGCCAAAAUCUUCGGCAUAGGCAUGGUCUCCGUCAAACAUUCAAACCACUUCGGCAUGUCAGCAUGGCUAGUGCAGCAAGCACUAGAAUCAGACAUGAUGUCACUCGUGUUCACGAACAGUUCCCCAGCACUACCGGUCUGGGGCGGGAAAGAGAAGUUAAUGGGCGUUUCGCCUAUUGCGUGUGGAGCGCCGUCCGGGAAUGAGCGCCGGCCAUUUAUCCUUGAUAUGGCGCCUUCUAUUGCGGCACGGGGCAAGAUUUACAAGGCUCUUCGGCGGGGCGAGAAGAUUCCUACGGAUUGGGCGCUUGAUAGGGAGGGCAGGCAGACUGAUGAUCCGGCGAGUGCGCUGGAGGGUGUUAUGUUGCCUAUGGGCGGACCGAAGGGGUCGGCACUAUCUGUAAUGAUGGACGUAUUCUCUGGUGUGUUGUCUGGAUCGGCUUUUGCAGGGGGAGUCACUAAUCCGUAUGAUCCAUCCAAACCGGCGGAUGUGGGACAUUUCCUGGUUGCUAUUAAGCCCGAUUUGUUCAUGACAAUUGAAGAGUUUAAGGGGAGGAUGGAUUAUCUGUAUCAGCGGGUUGUUGAGUCGGACAAGAUGGCUGGUGUGGAUCAGAUUUACUUCCCUGGGGAGAUUGAGAUGAUUACUGAAGAGCGGAGGUUGGUCGAUGGGAUUCCUUUUGCUGAGGCUGAGAUUGCCAGUUUGAAUAAGGAGGCGGAUUUGGCAGGUAUUGAGCAUUUGAAAAUCUGA